GGAAGGAAAAAAAAUCUUGGAGAUGGAAGAAGGGAAGGAGAUAGAGUCAACGGACAAAUCGGAAGAGGAAAUGGCUGGUGCUAAUGUAUCGGAAGUUGAGGAAGAAAAGGCUGCUGCUAAUGUAUCGGAAGUUGAGGAAGAAAAGAGAUCAGACACGGCGAAGAAAAGUAAUUGGUCAACUAUUGUAGUUACCUUACCCCAACUGUUGGAUCUUGCUCUGGGAACACCAGAAGUCGGUGUAAUUAAUUUAAACAUUUUACACAAUUUUCUUCAUGUUUUAUUGCAACAAAUAAAUAUUAGAACAACUAAGGUUGAAUUUCGUGGAGAAGAUGCCAGACGAAUGGAGACUGCGAUAGCUUCAUCUAAAUACGGUCCAGAUUUGCAUCUUUACGAGAGCAAAAUCAUCAGUGGAUCUAAUCAAAUGAAACAACGUAUUCACAGCACGGACCAAUUAACGGUAAACGUCGACGUUAUCAAACAAGAUGAAGCCACUGCUGGAAAAUCGGUUAGUGCUCCUGUUUCACCCCGAAAUGAUAAACAAGAAGCAACCAAUUCUACCAAUAAAACGAUGAAUUUGGAUGUGGAAAAUAAUAUUGAAAGUCGUGUUUACGUCGAAUCAAUUGUCAACGGUUUGACUCCAACUUUUUCCGCUUUUAAACAACUCGAAGAAAACGUCCAACGUCUCGAGAAACAAUUUGAAGCAUUACAAGAACUGUCUACUAAUUCUGAAUUAAUUGAACGAUUGAAAGGUAAUCUUACGGAUCCUUUAACAGACGUUUGGAAUAUUAUUAGCAUUAACAAAAGACUCGAUGCCGCUGAACAAGGAAUCAGUAAGCUUACGUCGAUGAUGCAAGAAGUAAUUAAAAAUGAAAAAAAUAUUAAAAGUUUUACGCAUAACAUGACACAGACUAAAGGGAAAAGUGUUGAGAAGAUUAUCAGUACCGAUGUUGAAGAUGAAAUCAUAACCGAUACGGGUGAUCCUCCUCCAGAAAGUAAUACAGGAACGGAAGAAGAAAGUGCUAAUAAACAAGAUAUCGAUAUAAACUCAAAUGAGUUAAGAGACAAAUUAAUUAAUAUAUGCUUACAUAAAUGUCAAGAUCUUGAUACAAUGCUCGAUUGUGAAGUAUACAAACUGCAUGUUGAAUUGGUCUUAUUAAAAGAAGACAAAGAUCGUAUAGACAAGGAAAUACAAAAAAUAUCAAAAACUAUUUCAUCCAUUGGAAGUGAAAAUAUGCAAGAUAUGUUAAAUAAAAUUAAAACAUUUGUAGACAAUAAUAUAGAGGAACGUAUACUAAAAUUAGAACACGACAUUAUGGGUAAUUUGAAAACUCUAAAUUUAUCACAAACUUAUAAGUUUCCUCAAGAUAUUGAAGAAAAAGAUCUCAACAAUAUGAUAUCAAAAACUCAAGAAAUUCAGGAAGAUAUAAGAAAAUUAAAUGAAACUGCUAAUUUUCUUAUGAAAGACACGGCAGAUCGUAACGAGAAUCUAAACGCAAUUUUGGAACAAUUGCAAUAUUUACAAACAAUAAAAGCUGAUAAGGAACACGUUGAUAGUAGUUUAGCCGAUAAAGCUGACGCUGAUACUCUAAACAGAAAGGUUUCUCACGACAAAUUCGAUACUGCUUGUAACGAUUUAACACAAGAAAUACAACAAGCAUUGGAACAAAUGAAUCUACAAAAUUCUAAUAUAGUUCAACAUUUUGCUGAUAUACAGAAAGAGAUCGAAAAGAAAGUAAAUAAAAUAGAGGUAGAACCAUUAAAGGAAUACGUUAAUAAGCAAUUGAAUGAUCUUGGAGAAAAAAUAAAACAAAUGGUUAAAACUAAAAGUGAAAUGGAAGCUGCUGGGACAAAGAAAAUGCUAAGCGGAGUACAAUGUAUAUCCUGCAAUAAAAACACAAUGAUGAGAAUGGAAGAAAGUGGAAGAUUUGAAGCACCUGCUAUGCCUUCGACUAGAAGCAUAAAACCUUAUCUGUCUUACGAAUUGGAUCAAAUUAGAAGGCAUCAGAGAACAAUACCUUACAGUAAAGAUAUAAAUAAACUCGAGGCAUUAAUGACAGAUGCUAAGAAAAAAGUGACAGAUAUAAACAAAUCAUCGAACGAACAAUCAAUUAGUGAACAUGGAAGCAGGCGUUAUUGCGGUGGAAGUCAUACGGUUACAAUUCCUGAACAAAGACUUAAACGAAUACCACCGACUUUUUAUUCGCGUGGAAAUGUUAAUGAGGUAAUGGAAACAUUUAUGAAAAUACGAAGUCAUCCGCUCGGAGCUCAAGCUUUUAAAAAGAAAUAUGAAGAUGAAAUUCCUUGUCCUGCGGCCUCCGAAGUUCCUCAGGAGACACCGCAUACUUCUUCAAAAAUAUUAUAGGAUGAUUUAAAUCAAUUAAGUAAAUCUAAUUUUUCAUAAAAAAACAUAAAUGCGGAAAAUGAUUGAUAAAAUAAAAAUGUCAUUCAAUCUGUAAGAAUAAUUUUAAAUGAAACGGAUCUUCGCAAAUUAAGAUUAUUAAUUAAAUGAACUUAACAUAAAAGUUUAUCUAAAAAAAAAAGGGCAAUAUGAAUGGAACAAGAAGAAAAUCUAGAAUAAAAGUGAGCCAAUGAGAAACUUCUUAUCAAAGUGAAAGCUUCGACCAGAACAUAAGAAACUAGUUUUAGAUACUUCGCAAUCGCACAAAUAAAACACGAAUAUGAAUAUUAAAUAAUUUCGUUUUUGCUCCUAAAAAAAACAAAUGGGCAACAUUUUUAACUUGAUCUAUAAAAGUUAGAUUGCAAUAUACAUAUAUAUAUAUAUAUCGGUAAUUUUUAAAUCUCUUAACGAUGCACAAUAUAUUUAAUAAACUUAUGUAAAUUGUAUUUCCUAAAAUCGUGCAUUCGUAAAUUAAAAUAAACUUAUUUCGUAGAAUAAUAUAAAUAAAGUCAAAUAAAAUAUAUUUUUUUUAAAUUUCUAAUAAAAAAAC